AUGCCGCCAAAGGCCAAGGCCGCUGCAAAGGCUGCCACCCCGGAUCCCAAAGCCACCCCCGAAGCGACCCCCGAGACCGUCGGCGAGCGCUCCCAGCAGCGCUUCUACCAGACGAACCCCGUCCAGAAGCGCUUCGAAGAGGUCGGUUUCCCAGGCCUGACGCCGGCCGAGAAGAAGACGUACGCGCACGCCAACCUGAUCCUCCCCGUGGCCAACCGCAUCGUGUCGCUCUCCAACAAGACCGACCGCGAGUACUGGAAGCACGUCGCCAAGGAAGGCCUGCCCUGCCGCCGGCUCAGCAAGCACGCCUACCGCUGGGGCGAGGACAAGCACGGCCGCGACAUUGGCACGUACCGCCUCGACGAGCUCAAGAAGCGGACGCUGUCCCAGGCGAGGCUGACGGCGCUCGACGUGCUGCACCGCCAGUUCCUGACCAGGCGAGAGGCUGCGCGGAGCGAAGGCGGCGAGAUAUCGCCCGAGGAAGUCGACGAAGAAAAGAAGAGGCGAAAGGAAAUGGCCGAGCUGAAAAGAGAGCUGUAUGGGGAGAUUCCGGGGCCGCUGGCGAGCGACCCCGAGUGGGAUGAUGUUGUUCCCAUUCCGCAGACGGAGCCCGAGGAUGCGCUGGCCAAGAUUGCCUAUCCAGAUGAAUACGCCGAGGCCGUGUCGUACCUCCGCGCCGUCAUGGCCGCAGAGGAAUACUCCCCCCGCUGCCUCCGCCUCACCGAGCGCGUCAUCGCCAUGAACCCAGCCCACUACACCGUCUGGCUGUACCGCUUCAAGAUCGUCUCCGCCCUGUCGCUCCCGGUCCUCGACGAGAUCCAGUGGCUCAACGGCGUCGCCCUCGACAACCUCAAGAACUACCAGAUCUGGCACCACCGCCAGCUCCUCCUGGACCACCACUUCGCCGCGACGCUGUCCGCCGACCCCGAGGCCGCCAAGCAGUUUGCAAAGUCCGAGACCGACUUCAUCUCCAGGAUCCUCGCCGAGGACACCAAGAACUACCACGUCUGGUCGUACAGGCAGUAUCUCGUCACCAAGCUCAGCUACUGGAGCCCCUUUGAGCUCGCCACCACGCAGAGCAUGAUCGAAGACGACCUGCGCAACAACUCGGCCUGGUCGCACCGCUUCUUCAUCGUCUUCUCGGACCCGUCCGUCUCGACCCCCGGCUCCGCGCCCACCGAGCACGACCCCAAGGUCCCCGACGCCAUCAUCGACAGGGAGGCCGAGUACGCAAAGGAAAAGAUCCUGCUUGCGCCGCAGAAUCAGUCUGCGUGGCAUUACCUGCGCGGCGUGCUGGUCAAGGGCGGGCGCGGCCUCGAGACGGUGGGCGACUUUGCCGAGCAGUUCUUUUCGGACCUGGGAGGCCAAGGGGAGAGUGUCCGGAGCUCGCAUGCGCUGGACCUUAUGUCGGAAGUGUACCACAAGCAGGGAGACGUCGAAAAGGCCAGGCUGUGCCUGCAGCGGCUGUCGGACAAGUGGGAUCCUGUGCGAGAGGGAUACUGGAAGUACCGUUUGGCAGAGCUCAAGUAGAGUACCUAGUAGGUAGCAUACCUAGGUAGCGUGGCAUAUCCGACCUUGCUAGA